AUGGCCUCUGUAACGUGUCUGCCAAGUGAGCUUGUUAUGGAGAUUAUGUCCCGAGUUCCAGGAAAAUCCGUAGCGAGAUUCCGAUCAGUGUCAAAGCAGUUUAGGUCUAUCCUCUCUGAUUCUUGUUUGCUCCGCCUCCACCACAAGCGUUCACGUGAUUCCCUUUUCACUCUCAGGGCACUCAAGGUCAAGGAAGUACGUGGUCGAUUUGGUUACUAUUGCUCUGUGAGCAACAAGGCCAAUGGCCUCGUCCACGAGUUCAAGUUAAACUUGUACAGCCCUCGUGUCAGAAUGUUAACUUGUUACCACCAGCUCUUAUGCUUUACUUGUGAAACUGACAUUUAUCUUUGCGACCCCUUGAACAAGGAGUUGAAGAAACUACCCGGCUCCACUGUCUCUAAACGGUGCUUUGACGAAUCCAAAGACAAUGAAUGUCUCGUCUCCUUUGGCUUUGUCGACGGCGCUAAGAAGCAAUACAAAGUCGUCAAGUGGCCUCGCGACUUGGACGAGAACCGUACAAGAAGGUUGCCAAGUGGCCUCAUCACGACUUGGAAGAAAUUCGAUCUCAUGUUUGAGAUAUUGAACGUCAACAUUCUGGAACAUGGUCGGCUUAAAGUAUCCGGUUGGAGCAGGCAUAGCAGACCAUGUCCCUAUCUGCUACAACUCUCUUCUCAGGUUCACGUCAAUGGAGUUAUCUACUGGACCACUAGUGAUUUUCAGAUUGUUUCCUUCUCUCUAGAAGACGAGACUUUCUCAACCCUAGACGCUAAACCUCCGUGCUUCCGUGGACCACAAGAAACACGGUCUUUCACGUUAUCUGGAACCCACGGAAGCUUAUGGAUGAUAGACUAUAGCGUCCCGUCUCUAAUCAUGGAGGUUUGGAAGAUGGAAGAUAGUGGUUGGGCCAGGAUUCAUGUGAUCGACCUCGGAGGAAGCCAUCAUCUAGCAGACAAAGACUUAGGGAAAGUGGAGUGCUAG